AUGCAGCCAGUUACUGCACCUCCAUCCUAUCCUUCCACCAGCUAUUCCUCAUCAGAGCCAGGUAGUUAUGAUGAGAGCAUUUAUUUCCAGCAGAGCAGCUACAGUCAACAGAGUAGCUACAGGGAGCAGACAAGCUACAGGGAGCAGACAAGCUACAGGGAGCAGACAAGCUACAGGCAGCAGCCCCCCACUAGUUACCCACCUCCAACUGGAUCAUACAGCCAGGCUCCAAGCCAGUACAGCCAGCAGAGCAGCAGCUAUGGGCAACAAAGUUCGUUCCCUCAGGAUCAUCCCAGGAGCAUGGCUGUGUAUGGCCAGGAUUCUGGAGGCUUUUCAGGCCCAGGAGAAAACCGGAGUAUGAGCGGCCCUGAUAGCUGGGGCAGGGGCAGAGGGGGCUUUGAUCGUGGAGGCGUGAGCAGAGGUGGGCGGGGAGGAGGAGGAAUGGGGUAAGAGCAAACCUUUUCUUCUUCUCAUCUAAUUUGGUUUUACCCUAUAGGGUGUGCAGUGCAAAGAAGGGCUGAAAGAUGUAAAUGCAAAAUCAUUUCUCCAUGGAGAAUAUCUAUUAAUAGCAAGUAGAUGUACUACCAGCUAAAUCCAUGGAAGUGCCUUGCAAGGGGAACUAGGAGCAGGAUGUAUUUUGCCUGCAGUUGAUUGGGGCUUGGAGAUCAGGGUUCUGGGUGUUAAAAUUGCAAAGCUUUCAGCUCCCUUCAUGGUUAAACAGAGGGAAAAUCCUCUGUGGGUUUAACAGUCUUUGGAUUGAACACACACACACCCUUCCAAAGAAGUCCACAUGCCAUGUUCCCUCCCCCCCUUCACUGGGCUUUGAUGUUACAGGUAUGUACUAUGGUGUCUGCUGCUUUUGUAAAACAUUUUCUCGCCCUAGCUGUGUUUGCUCUUGGCAGUAGCUCUUUGAGCUAGUGUCAAAGCUGAAUGGAUGGUGAUGAAUUGUUCUCUUGAAGCCCAGCGCUCUAGUGUGACCACUGUGUGUGUGCAGGAUCCUUUAGACCUAGAAGAGAAACAAGCACUGUGCUAAAAGACCUGCCCAGUCUGAACACAGCUCCCCAUUGGAGCUCUCAGGUGUCCUAAAACAGUUUGGCCAUUGUAACUGGCGAAUGUGGUUUGAGAAAUCUGCUUGGUCAGAUUCAGUUAUCUUUUACUGGUUUAUUAAGGUGUGGUCAAGGAGACUAAACGAAGGGUGUCUUUGCGUGUGU